AUGGGUCAGACUCUUUCGGAGCCCGUCGUGGAGAAGCAUUCAGCUAUCGGAGGCGAUGAGAGAUUACUUUAUGGUGUCUCUUCCAUGCAGGGAUGGAGAAUCAGCAUGGAGGACGCGCACGCGACUAUCCUCGAUUUACAACAUACAAAAGGACAGGAAUUGAAGCCAGCUCCAAUCGAUAGCAGACUCUCAUUCUUCGGUGUUUACGAUGGACAUGGAGGAGACCGGGUAGCACUUUUUGCAGGAGAAAAUAUACACCAGAUCAUCGCAAAACAGGAAGCAUUCCAAAAGGGUGAUAUUGAACAAGCUCUGAAGGAUGGCUUCCUUGCAACAGACAGAGCAAUCUUGAUGGAUCCAAGAUACGAGGAGGAAGUUUCUGGCUGUACCGCAUCCGUUGGCAUAAUUUCGCACAAGAAGAUCUAUGUGGGAAACGCCGGAGACUCAAGAAGUGUUUUAGGAGUCAAGGGUCGCGCCAAGCCUCUGUCAUUCGACCACAAGCCGCAAAACGAAGGCGAAAAAGCCAGAAUUAAUGCGGCUGGAGGCUUUGUCGAUUUUGGUCGUGUCAAUGGCAACCUUGCAUUAUCAAGAGCCAUUGGUGACUUUGAAUUCAAAAAGAGCGCAGAGCUUUCGCCUGAGCAGCAAAUCGUCACUGCAUUCCCCGAUGUUACCGUACACGAUAUUACAGACGAUGACGAGUUUUUAGUGGUCGCUUGUGAUGGUAUCUGGGAUUGCCAAUCAUCCCAGGCUGUUAUUGAGUUUGUUCGACGAGGCAUUGUUGCCAAGCAAGAUUUAUCUAAAAUCUGCGAGAACAUGAUGGAUAACUGUUUAGCAUCCAAUUCGGAAACUGGUGGUGUUGGUUGUGAUAACAUGACGAUGAUUGUUAUCGGUCUCUUGAACGGCAAGACUAAGGAAGAGUGGUACGACGAAAUUGCAAAGCGUGUUGCGAAUGGAGAUGGUCCAUGUGCCCCUCCGGAGUAUGCUGAAUUCCGUGGACCUGGUGUUCAUCAUAACUUUGAUGAUAGUGACAGUGGAUAUGAUGUUGAUAUGGACCAGAAGCUUAAGUCUUUCGGUGGGAACCCACGUGGACGGAUCAUUCUUCUUGGAGAUGGUACAGAAGUCCUCACUGAUUCCGAUGAUACAGAAAUGUUCGAUCACAGUGAGGAAGACAAGGACCUCGCCAGCCAGGUCCCAAAGGGACAGCCUCAAUCCGAAGUUCCCGAAUCCGAUGCCUUACCCGAAAAGAUUGACCCGAAAGAGCCAAAGUAUCAGGCAGUCGUAGACGAAGUUUUACCAAAAUCGAGCAAGGCGGAAGAGAAGUAG